AUGGUGGAGCUACUCUCCAAAGGCCCCUUGGUUAUCACCACCUCAGUGGAAAUGGCUCGCACUAAGCAGACUGCUCGUAAAAGCACAGGAGGCAAGGCUCCCCGUAAACACUUAGCCACUAAAGCCGCUCGGAAGAGCGUCUCGGAAACUGGUGGUGUUAAAAGGCCACACCGAUACAGACCCGGAACUGUCGCUCUUCGAGAAAUUCGGCGUUAUCAGAAGAGUACUGAGCUCCUUAUCCGAAAGGUCCCUUUUCAACGUCUUGUGCGUGAGAUUGCCCAAGAGUACAGGAAUGACUUGCGUUUCCAAUCAGCCGCGAUAGGGGCUCUACAGGAGGCUGCCGAAGCCUAUCUGACUGGUUUGUUCGAAGACACCAACCUAUGCGCCAUUCACGCGAAGCGAGUCACUAUCAUGCCCAAGGACAUUCAGCUUGCUCGCCGCAUUCGCGGUGAGAGGUCUUAA